AUGACGGACACCGAGCCGGGCGUUUCUGUGGGAAGUGUCGUCGGAACGACGUUGCCGCCGGUGCCGGUGGAGUUCGCGGAACGUGCGCGGCGGAAGAACGAAGACAUGUUGCAAAUUGACAACGAGGAACUUUUAGUGCCCAAUGUGUGCGUUCCUGGAAUCUUAGGUGGUGCGCUUCUUUUUGCCGUUGUCUUUGGAUCCAUGGGUUUGCUGCUCAGUGGGCCCAGUUGGGCCCAGUUGAUGUUUCAAUCUUUGGGCGCCUCCCUGGGUGCGCACGGUGCGGCCAACAUGCACAAGGCCGAGUCCCGCUUCGUGCCGCGUCGCUUUCUCCGCAUCGCUGUGGGCGCCGCUGGCGGCAGCCUCUGCUCCGCCGUGACCUUCGGCAAGGGCGAACUGGACCUGGCAGGCUUCAUCACCUCAGCGAUGCUGACGUCCUUGGGCGCGCUGUUGGUGGCGCUCAGCACGGAUCCGGACCACAGCUUGGGCCAGCUGCUGGAGACCUUACUCCAAAAGCCGCCCUGA